CAACCGCUGUUGCAUUUGAGGCUAGAUUCAAGUUUAUAGACAGGGCUCCAGGUCCAUAAGAAGCUAUGUGCCAAGAUCCCUAAAACUGGUGACCAGGUUUGCCGCGUUCUUGAUCGCUGCGCCGCUUCGUCAUCCAGUUUGCUGGUCAGCAACGUACGCGCAGUCUAUAUUGCGGUGGGACACAGCCACAGGGGAAAAGCCGGGGCGGCACAAUUGCCGCUGUGCACACCGGUCCUGUCCUCGCCAUACGAGCGUCAUUUGCAAAACAUAAGGAAGUGCUUGCUUGGCAUUCACGAAACUCGUGGGCUCAGGGCGGCCCGGAUGCCAACCGUGUUGCACAGCUCCCCCACAGCAGCCGAUUAAUAGCAUGGCUGGCGGCAAUCUCUGUCCAAGAAGAAGGCAAAUCUAGGAGGAGGUAUCGAAGCGUUUGGCGUGCGCGCAGCGCACAAGGAGGGGCUCGGCGGCCGUGCUAUGGACCUGGCUUCUCUUAGCCACCCGCCUGUGAGCCUGCAGCCCAGUGGCCCUCCGUUCCACGGCGGCCUCGCGCUCGCUGACGUGCCGGCGCGCGGCGCGUGCAGCUUCCCGCUAACAGACGGCGGAAACACCGAGCCACGGAACGGGGAGACGGAGGUGACGGGCUCACGCCCGCCUGCGGCAACGUCGCUCCAAGCCCAGGGCACUGGCGUGGACCCCCCCGACCCGCCCAUGACCGACUGGGCGGCGUGGCAAGACCGGCAGGACAGUGUACCCGCAGGCCCCUGUCACAGUAGCCAGCCGGGAGCCUUGCCGGAUUCAGACCCGGCAUCCUUGAUGGUGGCAGGCACAGAAGGCAACGGCGGCGUCGGGCAUGCACACGUGGGCGACGAGCAUGCCGUCGGGAGCAGCGGGUCAAGAAAGCGGCCUGCGCCUGAUCAGGACGCAGGCACGGAUGGCGCAACGACGGCAACCGCAGCAGAAUACGUAUUCCGCGCUGAGCACGGGCAAGCAGCAGCCUCCGAGGCGGCAGCAUCGGCAGCAGAAGCGAACGGACUGCGAGAGGGCUCCAUAGACGCAAAGGAGAUACCGCCAGAACCUGAGUGGGGCCCGGGGCACGCGUUGCCGCCCGUCGACUCCUUGGAAGCGCGGCUUCAACAGGCGUCUCCAACGUUGCAUGAACAGGAGGAACAGCGGUUGCAAGAUCAGCCGCAGCAGCAGCAGCAGCAGGUCGUGCAGGGCGACGUGCAGAUGCAGGAGGCGGACGGCGGCACAGCGCGCGGCGCGCCGGCCGAUAGCAACAGCGCUGAGCAGACGCCAGAACUCGUCGGCGACGCCAGCAAUGGCCCUGUUGGCGCCGCAGGGACAGCAGCGUCGCAAAGCGCCGCUGCCACGGCGGCUGAGGGCCCCGGCGGUACUCCUGCAUCAGCAACAGCGGAUCAGCCGGCGUCUCUAGUGGUCCAGGACGUGCUAGGCAAGGAGCUGACCCAGAUCAUCUCGCCGACCGGCGGCGUGUCCAACGCCGCCUAUGCGAGUCGGCUGGGCGCGCUGGUGGACGGCGAGGGUCGCCUGGGCGGGCGGCUGACGCUGCUGACGGUGCUGCAGCAGUCCAGCCAGGAGGUGCUGCGCACACUCGUGCAGGGCUCGGGGCUACGCUCGUUGGAGAAGUGGGUGGUCCAAUUCCGGGACGAGGCCAAGCUGUCGGCGCUCAUCACCGUCAUCGGCUGUCUCAAGAUGCUGCCUGUGGAUCUGCAGGCGCUGAAAGCCAGCAGCAUCGGCCAGACGGUGGGCAAGCUGCGCAAGCACACGGACGGGGGCGUGCGCAAGGCGGCGGCGGAGCUGGUGGACCUGUGGAAGGGCGUGGUGGACCGCUCGGUGGGGCGUGCUGGCGAAACGCGGCAGGGCGGCAAGUCGUCCAGAGCUGACGCCGCCUCACAAGAUGGGCCAAACAAGCGGGCGAAGAAGGGAGACGCGGGCGCCGCCGGGUCGGCUGCAGCAGGCGGCAAGGCAGCCUCUGAAGGCGGCGCCGCCGCCGCCGCCACCAGCACGCUGCACGUGAUGGAUGAUGAGCUGUUCAUGGCGGCGGGCAAGGACGCUGCCGGCGGCUCGGGCAAGGAGGCGGGUGGCUCGGGGCACAAGCCCGGCGGUCUGACCAGCUUCGUGGCGGGGCGUGGCAAGGUCCACACGGUUAAGCUGGAAAACCCAUCUCUUGGCAAGGCAGGGCAUGCGGCCGCGGCGUCGGACGGGGCACCGUCCGGCGAGGGCGGUGAGGGCGCUGCGUCGCCGUCCGGCGUGCUAAGUCCCGCCGGCAGCGGCGAAGUUGCCGCGGCAGGUGGCGACGGCGCGGCGGGCGGUGACGGCACAGCUGGACCAGAAUCACCAAAGCCAGGUGAAGGCGCGGCGUCGCCAGGGACAGAGGGCGCAGCCGGGGGCAACAACGCCAGCCCGGCACCGGCGUCGACUCCCAUCCCAAAGCCUGUGACGUUGCCGCGACUGGGAUCGCUCUCCGGCGGCCCGGGCGCGCCAUCUGUACGGCUGGGCAGUUUGCGCGACGGCAGCCUCCCAACAGCGGGAAUCGCCCGGCUUGGCGCCGUGGCGGGCGGGCUCGGCUCGGGCGUGGGCGGGCGGACGGGUACCGCUGCGUCGCUGCCGGCAGCGGUGGCGCCGGGCGGCCCGCAGAGCGCGCAUGCGCGCGCCAUGGCAGCGCGCGCCCGUGCACCGUCGCCGGAGCCGGGCCCGCGCAAGGAGAAGCGCAAGAGCGUGCGCUGGGCCAGUGAUGAUGCGCUGGCAGCGUUUAGGCUGUUCAAGAAAGAGGACCCGCCGCAGCUGGCGUCCGCGGAUGCGGUGCUGACGGCCGAGGACGAGGCGGCAGCGGCCGCUGACGUGAUGGGCGGCGCCGGGCUGCUGCCGCCGCACCACCCCGCCUUCCAGUCGGCGGCGCGGCGCGAGCACGCGUCGGAGCGCAUGGCUCUUAUUGCGCAGCACCAGCAGGAGGAGCAGGAGCGACAGCUGGAGAUGGAGCGCUGGAACGGCAUGCGCGCCUCGGUGCCGUGGACGGAGCCGCCGCUGCUGAACCUGGCCGUCGUGCAGAACCAGCAGCAGCCUGCCCUAGGAGAGGAGAGCGCUGAGCGCGCGGCGAUGGAGCUGGCGCGCCGGCGCACGCCGCGCGUUACCUACUACACGCCCGCGCAGGUGCCGCCGUCGCCCGGCGAGGCCCCGCGCGAGCCCGAGUAUGACCCAUACCGGGUACGGCACAUUCCGUUGGUCGUGCCCAUCAUACCGCAGCCACCAGGCGCCCCCGGCGCCGCCGCCAAUGUGCCGGCCGGGGCGCCGCUGCAGGGCCCAGCGGGGGGGCCGGGCUUGCCACCUCCGCCCCCGCAGGCGCCGCCAGCCCCGGUGCUAUUCGGCGGCGCCGCGGCAGGACUUGCAGGCGCUCAGCCGGCGGCGGCAGCGGCGGGGCUGCCGGUGGUGGCGGCACCCGGGGCGGCAGCAGGCGGUUCACAAGCUCCGACGCUGACGCUGCCGCCUGACCUGAUCGCGUCGCUGCCGGCGCUAAUCAGCACGCUGUCGCAGUCGCAGCCGCCACAAGCGGCGCAGCAGGCUUCCCAACAGGCGCUGACGCCCCCGCAGCAGGCAUCCACACAACCACCGCAGCAGCAACCUCAGCAGCAGCAGCAGCAGCAGCAGCAGUCGACGCUCACGCAGCCCGGUCCGCCGGGGUCGGCGGGUGUGGGGCAGCCGGUGCCAGGGCAGCAAUCUGGCGGCCCUGGCGCAGCUGGCAUGCAGCCCGGCAUGGGUGCUAAGGCGGGGGCGCCAGGUCUGGGCACCGGGCAGCCGCCGGGGCAAGGGCCGCCGGGCGUGGGUAUGAGCCAAGGAAUGCCGGGUGCCGGCCCGCAGCAGCCAGGCGGUGGCAUGGGCGCAGGACAGCACCAGGGCGGGCCGCACGGUGGUCAUAGUGGCAUGCCCGGCCACCCCGGCAUGCAGCAGCAGCAACAGCAGGCGCAGGGGCCGCAUGGGCCGCACGCCGGCAUGCAGCAGCAGCACCCGCACAUGGGCAUGGGCGGCCCUGGCCGGCCACCCAUGAUGGGCGGCCCCGGCGGUCCCGGCGGGGGCCCGCACAUGGGCUGGGGUGGCCCGGGCGGCCCGGGUGGCAUGAUGCGUGGCCAGAUGGGCAUGGGCAUGGUCGGCCCGCACGUUGGAGGCAUGGGUGCUGGUGGACCAGGCAUGGGCGGGCCAGGCAUGGGCGGGCCAGGCAUGGGCGGUGGUGGCAUGGGUGGCGCAGGCAUGGGCCGCGGCGGCACCGCCGCGGUGCCGCCCCCGCCGCCCCGCAAGGACGGGCCGCCAGGCAUGGGCGGCCCUGGCCCGCACAUGAUGGGCGGACCCGGAGGCCACCCCGGCAUGCGCCACCCCGGCGGUUGGGGCGGCCCGGGCGGCGGGCCGCAGCAGGGUGGCGGCGGCGCCGGCGGUGUGCAGGGUGGUCCCGGCCCGGGUCAAGGCCCCGGUCAGGGGCCCGGCCCUGGUGCCAAGAUGUGCGUGUACUUCAACACGCCCAACGGCUGCCGCAACGGGGACAACUGCCGCUUCCUGCACAUCAGCGGCGGCCAGGAGCAGAGCCAGGGCGCCCACUUCGACGGCCCCUUCGGCGGCCCCGGCAGGGGAGGCGUGGGCAUGGGCGGAAUGGCUGGCAUGGGCGGAAUGGGUGGCAUGGGCGGCAUGGGACGGCCGGGCGGCCCUGGCAUGCACGGCAUGCCUGGCGGCCCCGGCAUGCGACGCCGGUGAGCGCGUUUCCGCUUCAUGGUUGUCGGUUGAGGGCCCUGGAUGCUGAGCACGAGUUUGCGCAACUGAAGCGCAUUAGCACGAAUGAUAGGCUGAAGAAGAUGGGGCUGUUCCCAAGUGCGGCGGGCCCGCAAGUUGCGGACGCCCAUUUAGAUACCCGUAGAACAGCAGGUUCCGCAGGCUGAUCGCGCACGCAGGACUGCCGCACUUCUGGUUGUUGGUGAAUUGGGCAUAACCUAUCGAGCAGUGAGUAUGCGGGUCCUACAGGCCAUGAAGCAGCCUGGGCGAGAUAAGGUCUAGCGCAGUACGCAGGGUUGCGCGACUUGCACCCACGUUAAUAGGCAGGGCGCGGAGGAAGGACAGCUGAGCUUGAUGAUACUGGAAUGGCUGGUGCAUGUGGCGGUGCAAAGGGUUUCAGUGACACGUACAAACCCAAUGCGCCCAGGAUGUGGCAACCCGCCCCACGAAACUUUCUGUUGAAUGCCCGCCCAGAAAGUGGCGAUACGGACGGAUACUGAGGGUUGAGGCCUUGGUUGAGGCCCUAGUUCCGUGCGUGGCGUGCCCACUACAGCCCACUAUCGCCGUGCGUGCCGUAACAACUUCCCCAACAGCAACUCGCUUGCUCCCCGAGGAACACAGCUUGUUUUACGUUUGUAACUUUGUAGGCAGAUUGUGACUUUCCUGGCGGAGACUGGAGCCUCAUUGCGCGAUGGA